UCAUGGCUGACGACGAUACAGUGCCGAAAUAUUCUCCAGAGGGUGUACCUAAUGAUUCUUCUGAAGAAGAUCCUUUUGAAAAUGCUAGGAAAGCUGGAAAGAAAAACCUGCUUCAGUGGAUGGAGAUAUCUGUGGCUGAACCAGAGAAGAGGAUCGUGACAUCAAUGAAAGUCCAGGAUACGUUUAUUGUGUAUCUGAUUGAAACAAGAAUAACAGAUAAGAAUGUAAAGUACAAUGGAGAUGGAACUUCCUCCUUGUGGAGAAGAUACAGUGAGUUUGAACUACUACAGAACUACCUGACCAUAAGUUACCCCUUUGUAGUUGUACCACCUCUACCUGAGAAAAAGGCUUCUUACAUAUGGCAGAACAGCCCCACUGACAAGUUUGACACAGAAUUCAUUGAGAGAAGGAGGGCUGCCUUGGAGAUAUUUAUGCUGAGAGUGGCUGCUCAUCCUAUCCUGUCACAAGACAAAAUCUUCAUUGGAUUCAUGCAGCAGGAGGAUGGUUGGAAAGACUCAGUUUACGCAACAGACUUUCAGAGCAAGGCUGAGUCCAGAAUUAAAGCCCUGAGUGCCUCCUUCAGAUUGAGGAGUCCCGAUAGACAGUAUGAGGAGCUGAAGAAUUACUGUAACGAACUGGAGAGUAACAUUGCUAACUUACUAAAGAUAAGGGCGAAAAUGGCUGACAAACUUUAUGGGAUUCACAAGAUUCACUCUAACUAUAGCCGAGUGUUUGGGGAGUGGAGUGGAAUAGAAAAGGAUAUGUCAGAACCCCUUCAGAGUGCCUCCCAUUACAUGAAUGUGUACUCCCAGAGUGUGGACGGGAUUUUGGAGGAAGAGGAACAGUACGCUGAUCAGCUGAAGGAAUACCUGGCAUUUGCUGAUUCUCUCAGGUCGGUUUGUAGGAAGUAUGAAUGUCUUCAGUACGACGUGGAACGAGUGGAGGAUAACCUGACCUACAAAAAAAGUCAGAAGGAAAUGCUGGAACAAGGAAAAACAGGAGGUACAUUCUCAUUAAGUGGGAUGAAGACCAAGAUAUUUGGUAGUGACACUCCAGAGCAGAGGGACCAGAAAAUCAAACAGCUCGAGGAGCAAAUCGAGCAGACUCAAGCUGAGCUCCGCUCAACCACUGAGGAACUUCAAAAGUUUGUUGAUGCUUCUGUGAGGGACAUUGACAGAUUCAAGCGACAGAAAGUGAAAGACUUGAAAGAAAUAUUUACCAAUUAUGCUGUGAUGCAAAUAAAGCAAUGUAAAAAGGGAAUCGCUAUAUGGACCAGUGCUAAGGACUGCUAUACAAAGAUGUGAGGUCGUGUGUGUUAGAUUUUUUUCGUUACUAUACCAGUGGAAAAAAUCAGGAGGUUGUAUUGAAACACUGAGGAUAUGUGCAAUACUGGACCCGCUCUGGACACAUUACACUCUGUCAUUGUGCAAUAUUUAAUGUCUACAUUUUUAGUCAUUUAGCAAACCUUAGGGCUUAAAUUAUUUAUUUUCAGUAGUAAAGAUUUUUAAGGUUAUUUGCUGUAGAUAGGUCUGAUGUAUAAAAACUAGUCAGAAGUGUUGUGUAAUGCUCUAGAAAUACUCACUGUAAAUUGGCAUUAAGUGGAGAUCAAUGUUAAUCUUAGCUGUGCUGUAUAGUGUAUAAAAAUUAUGACAUUGUUUGGAAAUAUAGGUAGUGAAAACUGUCUAAUCCGACAACUGUGUUAGCUGUCUCACUGUUAAAUUUCAUUCCCAUUUUAAUUUUAUCCAUGUUUUUAUACACUGUCUAAUACAACUCCCUGUCUAUUCCGACAUAAAAUUCAUCUCCAAGUGCAUGUCUGAUUAAACAGAUUUCGCUGUACAUGAAAUGUGAUAGGUUAUAGAGAAUAUAGGAGGUAUAUUGUCAGAAUCUACUAACACAAGCAUUCUCCAAUUUGUUAAAUAGAAUCAGCUUUGACACAUGGAAACUGAAAUCUUAAGAAAAUUUGCCUUUUCUAGUGAUGGUUGUAUAAAAGCUUGAAUUUAGUUAAGUGUCUGAUUAUGUGUAGUUUACAGUACUAGAGCUAUGCUGAAUGUCAUUCCAAUGGAACUCUGUUCUCUGUUGAACUUGUGAAACUGCCAAAUCAUUUAUUUUGUUUUAUACAUGUAAUGUAUUGUGUUUUUUUUAUCCAUAAAAUGUUUAGAGUUUUUAUUAACUCAAUAAAUCUGUGAUUUGUCA